AUGACGCGCUCCUCCUUGCUGGCCUGUCUUUUGUAUCUUUUUGCUGGUUUCUCUGCUGAAGCAGUCAGGGAAACCUCGAGUACUUGUACUCGAAUUAGAAACCCGUCGCUGUUCGACUUUCGCACUAAGUACCUGAAUGGCGCAGCAACGUCGCUGCGCAAGUACAGUGGCAAUGUCACCCUUGUGCUCAACGUCACUACUUACUGAGGAUUCGCCGCACAGUAUCCUCACCUGAAUGCACUCAUUAAGGAAUUUAACCAAAAAAAGUACCCGUGUGGCUUAAAUAUCUUGGCUUUUCCGUGUAAUCAGUUCUUAAAUCAAGAGCCAGGGGCGAACGAGAUCAUGAACGGGUUGAAAUGGGUCAGGCCUGGAAAUAGAUUUGUUUCGAAUUUUCCACUUUUGCAGAAAAUCCGAGUCAACGGCGCAUGGGAAGAUCCAAUCUACACCUAUUUAAAGGUGACGUCUGCGCUUGAAAGGUCGCUCUGCCCCCUUCUUGGAGGAGUAAUCAGUCGGUAUGUAGCUGUUUCAUGGACCCCUGUGAGAAGUGACGACAUCUCUUGGAACUUUGAGAAGUUCUUGGUCGAUCAUGAUGGAUUCCCCGUGAAGCAGUACCUUCCCAGUACAAAGCCUUUUGACCUUUUGGAUGAUAUCCGAAUUCUUAUGGAAAACUGUUGA